GGCUAAGAAUGCUCACCUUGUCCCCGCAUUCAGAAUCGCACCGAUAUACCGUCAUAUCAUUUCGUUCUUCGCCCUCAUCCCUUCACUUUCUGUACCUCCAACAUGGCCAGCCGAGGACAGCAAUGCGAGGUCCAAAUCCGCACUGUCCGUACGAAGGGGACCGACGUCAAGUAUGGCCUGAAGAACCUGGCGGCUGACACCAAUGGCGCAUACGCGCUGGUGCUUGAGAGAAACUUUGACGACAAGAACGCGCUAGAGAAGGCCACGCUACAGAUCAACUCUCCACAUCUGCUCUCCAUCCUGGGGUCCACGGUCAAGUACUACCCAGCCGUGCCCGCCGACUUCAAUGUUGCCUUCCAGAUGGAGUCGCCCUUCCAGCUGCUGUUCCACUACUGGGACGAGCUGCACGCUGCCACGGAGAGAGACGACCUGAGUGACGAGGCGCGCAUGCACCUGAAGCUCCUGCUCGGCUUCAUGCAAGCCGACCUGGGCCCGAGCAAAGAGCGCGUCGAGUCGAUGCUGAAGGCUGGCUCUAUCGGCUUCUCCACCCUGUGGACAAUCUUCCGGCCUGGCUCCCUAGUCUAUGCCGAGGUGGAUGGACACCAAUGGAUAUUGCGCUUGGAGAAAACGGCCUACGAAGAGAGCAGCCGUAUAGGCAAGUACGUCGAGGUUCAUUGCAGAUACACCGACUACGACGGGCAGAACCACGGCCAAACCACCCGCGUCUUCCAGAUUCGGCAGAAGCGCUUGUUUGCUGCCGAAAAUCCCUGCGGCAUCACCAGUCUGCCCGUGUAUCCGUUGGACUGGUACCCGGAUGGGGAGGCGCUGCAGGAUCGGCUCGCCGAAAGAGGCGAACGGUACCUCGCAAUGAACGGGGUCCUGGUGAAGGCAUACAACGGCCUUGCCAGGUACCUCAAAGACCCUCCCUAUGGGUUUUAUGACCCGGAUAUGGAGAGCUUUGCUGGUGUCUGGCUGCCCUAUACGGAGACUGGGCGCAUUGUCCUCGACCAAAAGACGUUCAAGGAGGAAAACUACCUCGAAGGCGUUUCGGUGAGCGCGAACGACGCGCACAGCAGGUUAGAGCGCAUGCUGUGCCCGCCGUACCUGUAUGGCUAUUCUCUCGCUCUGAAAGACUGGUGCCGGUUCUACAUUGAUGGCAUUUCCGAGAUCAGCUGGAACGAAUCCGCCCUGGACACCAUGGUCCUGUCGCGGGAGCGCAAGUCACUGCUCAAAGCGCUAGUACUGUGCCACGACUUCAAGGACCAGGCGCGAGACGAAGCGAAGCAGAAGGGGAAAGGCCUCGUGAUGCUCCUCCACGGCAGCCCGGGAAGCGGCAAGACCCUGACUGCAGAAUCCGCCGCCGAGGCAACCAAAAGGGCGCUGCUUACGGCGACGAUAGGGGAGCUAAACCGGGACGACAUUCCGUCUCGCUUCGAGCGGCGCCUAAAACAGGUGCUGCAGUACGCGACCAUUUGGAAGGCCGUAGUCCUGCUGGAUGAGGCCGAUGUGUUUCUAGAGGGGCGGUCUGAGGCGGCGGGCGUGGCCACGGAGCAUAACGCGCUCGUGGCCGUGUUCCUCAAGCACCUCGAGUACUUCUCGGGCAUUGUGUUCCUGACGUCGAACCGCGUCGUCGUGUUCGACAAGGCCAUGAAGUCGCGCAUCCACCUGGCGCUCGAGUACCUGCCGCCUACCAUCGACAUGCGCCGCAGCAUCUGGUCCCAGUACCUCGGCGCCGUUGCCCCCGGCGACAGCGAGAUCGACAUUGAAGAGGACGUCGACCAGUUCCUGCGCGACGAGCUGAAUGGUAGAGAGAUCGCCAACUGCGUGAGCACGGCCCGGACGCUGGCGCGCUUCAACAAUGUCAAGCUGUCCGUCGCGCACGUCGAGACGGUUCUCGCGUCCAGGCGGGAGUUCGAGAACAGCCUCACUAGAAUCAGGGCGAAGCGGCAGAAGGGGGACGGUGCCAAGACCGGGUCGUUUCAGCUCGCGAGAAGGGAUACCCUGGAAACAACUGACGAAUGAGGGAGACACGGGGCGCAUAGAGACGACGUGUCGUACUCGGGCCCCUGUUACAGAUUUGGCAGCCAGUCGGCCUUCUGCAGACAGUGAAGUUGAUGGACAUGAACGGUACAAUUGACAUAAUCAAGACUCAAGCUAACAAUCUCAAUGUCUAGAUGCCUAAGCACCAGGGCAUCGAUGUAUCCGUACACAACUACUAGAGACCCCUCAAGGCUGUUACACCAAGCUGAAGCGCAGCAAAACCUCGUAAUUGGACGAGCUCGCGCCGCCCGUGGCUGAAUUGAACGCGGCAACAUUUCCGACGGGGUAGAGACGGCCACCGACACGGUAAAGAUGGAUGGUGGCGG